CUCGCUCGCUCGCUUUCCCAACAUAACUUCUCCUGACAUCCCUCUCCAGCUCCCGUUGUCUCAUCUUCCAUCCCUCAUCUCACCAACUUUGGUCCAUCAAACUUGGCUCUCUUCAUUCUCUUCCUCAUACAAAAUCGCCACUAGCUUAGUCUCUUGGACCCAUACCUCCCUAGCUCGUCUCUGAUUCAACCUACACUCAAGAACAUAACAUCCCAUCACUGACAAAGAUGUCCAGCAGGAGGUCUCGAUCAAGGCAGUCGAGCUCAUCGAGGAUCACUGAUGAACAGAUCAAUGAUCUUGUGUCCAAGUUGCAAGCGCUGCUCCCUGAAGCCGGCAUUAGGAGCAACGAAAGGGUGUCGGCGGCUAGCGUCCUGCAGGACACUUGUAACUACAUCAGAAGCCUGCACCAAGAAGCGAAUGAUUUGAGUGAGAGGCUGUCAGAGCUGCUUGCCACGACGGAUGCCAGCAGUGCUCAAGCAGCGAUCAUUAGGAGCUUGCUCAUGUGAUGGACUGGUUUUAGGUUUUGGUUGCUAAAUGUUGGUGGUUAUUUCGAUAGAAUAAAAGUAAAACGCUGUUAGAAGCCACCCUAUGCUUUUUGCUUAAUGAGGCUUGCAGUGGUCUUCCAUGUACUCUACUUGCGUCUUGAUCUUUUUUGUACCCAGAGCUAAAUUUUGCUAUGGAAC